GAAAAAAUCGUCGUUCCUCUUGCUCAAAACGAAGUAGAAGCACGUUCUUGGUAGCUAGAUGGCCAUGACAUGGCGAUAUGGAUAAAAUAUCUUUCACCUUUCUUAAAUAUGCACAGGAGGCUAUGAGUCAUUCUCCUGGACGGAGACUCAAGAAUAAUCUGCGCUGACCACGAAGGUGUCACUUUCAUCGUCACUUUGAACUUGAAAGAAUUAGAAUCUUUAUCAAAAGACAACACGACAUGUUGUAGCGACUAAAACUAGACCGAAAACUCCUGGUAUAUGAGGUUCAUCUUCGUCGUGUCUGUAGACGUAGAAUAGAGAAUAACUCAGAUCAUUUUAUUCGCGAAUACAACUAGAAGCUUCUUCUUCACUUCCAGUUCCACCAGCAAGAUUGUUAGUAGUUUAUUAUUUUAUUUGACUACAUUGCUAGAACUAGAUCUAGUACAUCUAAAGCUGCAAUUUUCCUGAAAUAGAAGAAUAAUGCCUCCGCGAGGACGACGUGGCGGGCGCGCAGCAAACGCUGCAGCGAACAGAGAGGCAGCAGAAGGCGCUGCAGCGGGUGCUGCGGCUGCAGCGGGGUCAGGUGGUGGAGCGGAAGCACCUCCUGCUGCAGUGAUUCCUCCCCGAGAGGGCAAGAUUUUCCCGAACUCGAUGCCGAUAUUCGCAAAAGUAAAUAACGGUGAAGAGCCGCGUUCUGCCGCAGAUAUAUUAAGGCUAAAAAUGACCCGACCUCACGUGGGUCCCUUAAAGUACUUCUGCACAGGUGACGUGUGCCAGGGGCUCGGGCUCUACAACUGAGUGCCGUACUGCGUCGAGUAUUUUAACGGGAUUACUUCACGACAGGCCAGGUCUCUAAAUGUAGCAAGGGAUUUGACGAGACACGAGAUAACAAAUCUUCUACCAAAGGCAAUUGGCCGCAAAAUGAAUAUCAUGAGGAUCAACGUAUGGGAAGCAUGUGCGUGGAAGAAGAGCGCAUUGGGACAGGUGAAAACUCGCUAAUGCAGGUUGCAGCGAUGUUCGAGGAAUUAUUCCUAUGUAUAGACAUAGAGGUUAUACUGAAAGUUUGGAGUUUUUGGCCACCACAAGGGGCACGUUACGAUUAGCAAGCAGCAGACAAGUGGAAGACAGCGUCAAGGACUAGCCGCAAGGAAAUAAGAAGAGAAGCAAUACAAAAAACUACCUUACGCACCUACCGGAAAUGAUUUUGAGACAAAAACUAGAACUUCAACUCACGUGUCACUCCCCACUUACCAAUUAAAAACUCAGGGUCAGGCCUCGCAGCUGGAGCCUGGUAUUAAAAUGCAGGUCUUUCGAUUCAUCGGGGACAUUAGUGCAGAUGACGAAGUCGCAGUUAGCAGCAAUGUUGCUGAGAAAGCACGCGCACUUGCAAAGGAGCACCAGAAGAAAGUCCGUGCAGGCAUUGUCAGGAACAUUGCAAAGGCUGCGCAAAAAACAGCUGAAGAAGUCGGAGCCAUGCGGGUAGAACUCACCGUGAAAGAGGUGCUUCUGGGGGUCAGCGAUUGGACGGUUUCUUAUGGUGCCAAAGAUUUGGACGACAAAACGCCACAGACGUGCGAGUGGUCAUGGCUUUUCGGCUACGUAACAGGACUACGGGACGCAAUCAUCAAAGCGGGAUUCACAAUUGGCUCGCCAACAAUCAAAAAGAUGAAACGACAGCCCACGCAGACAACCAUAAUAAACAACAUCCCUGAUGAAGUUGAGAAAAAGAGGAUAGAGGAAAGCGCGUGGAUGGUCAACUUUAGUUUUUCUGAUUGAUGGAUAAGAAUCAAAAUAAGUAUGUCGAAGUAGGACAAUACAAGAACCAACACGAACUGCAACUGUACGCAUGAAACAUUUAUCGGAACUCGAUAAAAAAUGAGACCCAGACACUAGAGAACAUCCGCACAUGCUAUACUCGUUCCUCAGGGUCAAGGUACUCUAAUCUUGUUGUGCGAACACAAUGAUCGACAAACCUUCUGCUUGCCUCGCAUGAUGAGACUGAACCUCAUGUAUGACCUGCAGAUUUAGAGCGGGAUACAUGUUGUACCUGAUGUGCGUGAGCUUCUAUAAAUCUUGCUACAUAUGAUCUGUAGCGCUAGUCCUAG